UACCAUGGAUUCCCUGAUGGGAUGGGAUCCAGAUAAACUGAAUUUGAAGUCCGAUGGAUCGGCUGCAAGAAGAGCCGAUGCCUCUGCAAAGAAAAUAGAAGCCUUGUUGCAAUAUCUGAAUUUCCUAAUUAGUCUAGAGUUAGCUACGUAGAUUGUAGCCCCACAUCUCUCAGGGGUGGACGACCGAGAGCCAUCUGUGUAUAUAUAAACCCAGUUCCGGAAUUCCUUCAGAAGAAAGGUUCCAAGACCGUUAUUAGGAUUCUCCGUUCCUCUCAUAGAAAAGCCAAACUCAAGGUCCACAUCGAUGUGAUGAAAAUGCGCUGCCAAAGGAAUGGAGAAACAGAUUGGACGAGGGUGUCUAAUAACUCUGUCCUGAUAUCUUCUAAGAGACAACCAUCUUGACAGAAUAUACGAAGCAAGGAAGAUUCUCCUGAAAUAAAGCGGGGGUUCUCCUGCUAUAGCUAAAAUUGCAUUGGUGGGAGUCGAGAUCAUAAGUCCCAGAGCAGAUCGCAAGGCCGCGUACUGAAUGCGGUCAAGGACAAUACGGCUAUUUGCCCUAGCUGCCCCAUAGCACAUUGAGCCCCAGUCAAGGAUCGAUCUCGUUAAGGCUUUAUAAAUAAUCAGCAUGUUAUUGGGGUGGGCACCCCAGUUAAUACGAGAGAUAGACCUUAAAACCCGUAAAGAUGAACGAGCUUUCUCCGAGAUUUUCUUUAUGUGUUGAUUCCAGUUUAAUUUAUAAUCAAACCACACUCCCAGAAAUUUAAUGACAGGAACCCAUUGAAUCGGGUGGUCAUCAAUAAGAACUGAGAAGUUAUACCAGUUCUCUCUUUUCCUUGAGAAUAGAGUGAAUUGCGAUUUCCUGGGCGAAAUGGAAAGGCCAAUGCUAUUAAGCCAUGAUAGUACUGGCUCCAGUGCUGAAUUGAGGACUGAAGUUAU